GAGUACUCAUUCUUUCUACAAGCGGUGGCAUUAAAUAAUACCACCUUCAUAAGAGCAUUAAAAGUUCUCUUAAGGCUUAUCAAAAAAGCUCAAAAACAACAGAGAGAGAUCGUCACACCAAAACAGUCUGGUAAUUCUCUCCAACAUGGCAACAGCAAAACAGCUGACGAAAAUCACAGAUAUAGCCGAUCUGAAAGAUUUGCAAAAGUUGUAUCUGAAAGAUUGGUCCAGCCACUGUGUUGCAUAUUUCUGGCUGGAUAACUAUUUGAGGUGGUUGCAUCAAAACCCCAGUUUAGAACACCUCAACUUCUAUACUUUGGAUAAUGACUGGAAAAGGGAUGGGCUGUUUAUACUGCAUCGCUAUCAGUUAUUCUUCAGCAACAUAAGUAAACAAAAAACCGAAUUGAAACUGGCGCUGAAAUUGUUGGAUUGGUCGGGAGGUUUCAAAGUCAGUGCUAUUCAAGAAGCCCAUCAUGAAAUCUACAAAGAGCUUGUGGCGGAACUCAAUCUUAACAUGGAUCGUGAAAUGAAUACCAUUAUGUUUAGUUUAAACUGCCAGGAGGCUGAACAACUAGGGGAGAUCAAGUGUCCCGAGGGUUAUUAUCUAGAUAAAGUGCGAUUGGAACAUGCAGACCUUAUAAACGAUCUGUGGUCAGCUCGUCAUCCCGGUUCCCUAAAACUUAUUCAGAUGCUAAUCACAUAUAACACCAAUGUGGGAUUGUAUGAGAAGGAGUCGGGUUCGUUGUGUGCCUGGUGCUUGAGGCUACAAAGCGGAUUUCUUGGGGCUUUGGAAGUGAUCCAAUCCCAUCAACGUCGUGGGCUUGGUUUGGUAGUUGCCGCUGCUAUUUCCAAGGCUAUUGCCACCGAUCUUCAGCAGGAUAUUACGGCCCUGGUCAAUAUGAAUAACAAUGCUGCCCGUCGCGUGUUCGAGAAACUUAACUUCAAAUUGUUAAGGGGCGAGCACUACUAUUGGAGCAUGAUUAGGCCGAAUGGAGGUGGUCAGAUAUCUUGGCCCAGCAACGAAUAAAGCGCUAAUAAAGAUAAGGAAAUAUGUACAAGGCCUUAAAGUACAAA